UCUUCUUUCCCCCUUUUCCUUUGACACAUUUCCAUCUCCCCUUUGUCCUCACCCAUACGCCUUCUCACCCCUAUAGUCCCCUGGCAGCACCGCCCCCCACAGAGGAGGCCCCCAAGGGGCCAGGCUUCUGGGAUGCCUUCGCUAGCAGAUGGCAGCAGCAGCAGCAGCAGCAACAGCAGCAGCCCCAGGAGGCAGAGACAGCAGCCCAGGCCAUGCUCCGGGGUGAGGGGGCAGCAGAGCCAGAGGGGGACGAUGGAGCUGAUGACCGUUCUGAGCCUGACCCAGCUGCUGGCUUCAAGUGGGGCUUCCUAACCAACAAACUGGCCGAGAUGCGCAGCAAAGCCAUCCCCAAAGGAGAUUAGAUGCCCCCCAACCCCUGUGCCCCCCUCCCACUCGUACCUGCCCAACAAAGGCCCUCUAGGAACCAAGAGGUCCUGCUUGACCAGAUGCUUCUUUGUCCCCCACACCAGGGGCCCCAAGGAAAGGGGGGAGUGCGGAUGCCCAUAUGGCCCCUGCCCCAGGCAGAUCCAUUCUCCUUACUUGGCCUUCAGUCUCCCCAAAGACCAGUAACAAAAGGAGGGGGAAGCCCCAUCCACUUCCCAGAUAAGAUUAUGAGUGCAAUACGAGGGAUUGGGGUUAGACUUCAGGAAGAAAUUCUCUUGGCUGUGUGUCAGGAAGAGGACGUGAGAAAAGCGUCCAGCUCUCUGUGUCUCCUUCACUUCCCCUGCUCCCCAUGGGCCCAGGACCUGCCCCCCUACCCCAAACACCCCAGGCCCGAGAGAGGGCAAAUGGGAACAGCAGCUAGCCCUCCCUCUUAUUAGAAAGUGAGCUAAUGUAUGUGCAGCGCUUGGAAACCUUAAUUCAAUAUACAAAUAUUACCUCUUGUCAUCAUUCCACCCCCCCAAGACCCUUCCAGAGUCUAUCAGAAAUGAAUCCCAGAGUCCUCAGCAGCCACUGCUCUCACCCCACAUCCUCGGGGCCCUCUCCCCCAAAACUCAGGACCAGGCUUAAAUAAAAUCCACUUUAUUCAGCAUG